AUGGCUCAAUUAUAUACCCAGGGAAAAUGUCAUGGAAUUCAUCCUUUUAUUGUACAAAUUCGAAGUCUAGAAGAUCACAAGCCAUUACCAGGAGUGACACUUGGAGAUAUUGGUCCUAAAAUGGCUCUAAAUGUAAUUGAUAAUGGCUUUCUUUAUGUAGACCAUGUACGUAUUCCACAUAACCAUCUAUUAAUGAAACAUUGUCAGUUACAAAAGGAUGGUACCUAUAUUGCCAAUGAGAAUAACAAAGUUUUCUAUGGUUCUAUGAUGUAUGUAAGAGCUGUGAUAAUCCUUGACACUUACCAUAAGCUUGCUUCUGCAGUUACCAUAGCUAUACGUUAUAGUGCUGUUCGGAGACAAACAGUAUUAUAUCCAAACAAGGAUGAGGAGCAAAUACUAAACUUUCAAACCCAGCAGUACAAACUAUUCACAGUUUUGAGUAAAGCAUUUGCUUUUUUUUUCACUGGUUCUUCUGCAAUUGCUGCCUACAAGAAAGUUUUCAGUGAUAACAAUGAAGAUAAAGAGCAACAGUUUAAGUCACUUCAUGCAUUGCUUGCUGGGCUAAAAGCCAUCAGCACUUGGAAUACUGCAGAAGGUAUAAAGAUUUGUCGGGAAGCAUGUGGAGGACAUGGAUUCUCUAUGAGCAGUGGCUUACCCCAACUUGAGAGCCUUACUUGUGCUUCUUGUACAUAUGAAGGUGAUAACACUGUUAUGCUACUACAAACAGGCAGAUACUUAUUGAAAUGUGCUCAAGAAUUAUCCAAUGGUACUAAAUUACAAGGUACUGUUGCCUAUUUAGAGGAAGACUUUAGCAUGGGCCACACUCAAGUUGGAGGAAAUUUACAUUUACCAGCUUUAUUAAGACUAUACCAGCAUAGUUCACAGGUAAAUCUGAUGCAGGUAUUUCAGCAAUUCUCUAAGAAACUUGCAUCUGGCAAUAGUUUUGAGGAGGUGUGGAAUAUGAUGUCUGUCAAUAUUAUGAAAAGUGCCAUGGCACAUUGUUUAAUUUAUACAGUCAAGACAUUCAUUACUGGUGUUAAUGACAUUGAACAGCCUGAAUUGAAAUUAGUGUUGAUGGAUUUAUGCAAGUUGUAUUGUGUUCAUGGAAUUAUUGAAAACCUCAGUAACUUCUUGUUGCCUGGUUUAUUAACAGAAAUUCAAGUGUCAGAAUUAAAUGAUGCCAUGUUCAACCUAUUGACUAAAAUUCGACCAAAUGCUGUCACUUUAGUGGAUGCAUUUGCUAUCACUGAUAGAAAACUGAACAGUACAUUGGGCCGUUAUGAUGGUCAAGUGUACUCGGCUCUUUAUGACUAUGCCAUGGGUUCACCACUGAAUAAGACAAAAGUUCAUGUUUCUUAUCAUCGACACUUGCAGGAUUUUUUAAAAGAAAGGCAGCUUAAAGCUAAUCUGGUGUCAACCUGCACCACUUACUCUCUCCUUCUCUUUAUUCGUACUUUGUUUUCCCCCACUCUCUCUCAUUCACCAGUCAGGAUCCUUUGA